AUGUAUAAUUCGAAUCACCAAACACAGACGCUGAGGGCAGCUCUGCUGCUGGUGUUGUUCAUCUUCGGCUCGCUGGGAUUGGCUACUGACCAGAAAAAUGACUGUAAGAAGAACCGCUGGGUAGAUAUAUGGGCGUCGAUGCCACAGCUCACUGAGCCGGCAAACCUACCGCCGGUGCCAUUUAACGGAACGGGCGUGGUCUUCGAGAACACCACCCUCCGUCAGACCAUCCGUGCGACCCUGCCUGCCUCGACGUUGCGCCUCCAGAUAUCGAACGCCUUCGGCGGGUCCGAUCUACCUGUCACGGCGGCGUCCAUCGCACUGUCGUCCAACGGUUCGGCCGGGAUAUCCUCCAUCAAGCCGGGUACGGCACGGCCCCUGACCUUCUCGGGCGGGAGCGCAAACUUUACCAUCCCGCAGGGCGCGCUGGUGGUGUCGGACCCGGUGCUCGACUUCCCGGUAGUCGCCGGCUCCAUCGUCACCAUCUCGCUGUAUCUUGCUGGUGGUCAGACGACCAAUUCCAUCACCUCGCACCCGGGCAGCCGGACAACAUCGUACUUCGUGCGUGGCAACCACGUGGACGCGACGGACUUGGACAUCGCGGACCCGACAACGCAGAAGGCGGACCACUGGUACUUCAUCUCCACGCUGUCAGCCUACCUGCCCGCAGCCGCCUCCUCGGCGCUCGUCGUGGUCGGCGACAGCAUCUCCGACGGCCGGGGCAGCACGACCAACGCCAACGACCGGUGGCCAGACAACCUGUCCAAGAACCUGCAGGCGCACGGCCCGACGGCGGGGAUCAGCGUGCUCAACCUGGCCGCCGGCGGGAACCGCGUCCUGAACGACGGGUUGGGGCCGAACGCACUCGGCCGCAUCGACCGUGAUGUGCUGUCGGCGUCGGGCGUGGGCUACGUGCUGGUGUACGAAGGCGUGAACGAUAUCGGAACCGCGUCGGUCGACCCGGUCUCGCAGGCCAGCAUCGGGACCCGCCUCAUCGCCGCCUACGACCAGAUCAUCACCCGGCUGCACGCGCGCGGGGUGCCCGUCUUCGGGGCUACCAUCACGCCGUUCAGCGGGCCCGGCCAGACGUACAGCGACCCAGAGCGUGAGCGUACGCGGCAGCGGGUGAAUGCGUGGAUCCGGGACGGGGGCCGGUUUGAUGCCGUUGUGGACUUCGACGCCGUGGUGCGCAACGCGACGCAGCCUGAUCAGUUGGCGGCCGAGUAUAACAGCGGAGACUACCUGCACCUGAAUCCCGCCGGAUAUCGGGCCAUGGGCGCGGGGGUGGAUCUUACGCUAUUCGAAAGAUUUGCAGAUGGAGUGGACAGUAUGAUAUAA